AUGAAGAAGCAAGUUUGUUCAAGUGUCUUUCUUCUCAUUUGCGUUCUUUUUCUUUUCCUGAGUGCUGAAGCUCAGACCUGCAGGCCUAGUGGGAGGAUAAGAGGGAAAAACCCUCCAUCAGGGCAAUGCAACCCAGAAAAUGACUCUGAUUGUUGUAAAGAUGGCGAGUGGUACACAACAUACAAAUGUUCACCCCCUGUGUCAAGCAAUACAAAAGCAACACUGACACUUAACAGCUUUGAGAAAGGCGGGGACGGUGGUGCACCAUCCGAAUGUGACAACCAAUACCACUCGGAUGAUGAUCCUGUGGUGGCGCUUUCAACAGGGUGGUUUAACCACAGAAAGAGGUGUUUGAAGUAUAUCAACAUCCAUGGCAACGGAAAAAGUGUGAGGGCUAAGGUUGUGGAUGAAUGUGAUUCUACAAUGGGAUGCGAUUCUGACCAUGAUUACCAGCCUCCUUGUCCUCACAACAUUGUUGAUGCUUCAAAAGCAGUUUGGAAGGCUCUAGGAGUGCCUGAAAGCGAUUGGGGCGAAAUGGACAUCUACUGGUCAGAUUCCUGCAGGCCUAGUGGGAGGAUAAGAGGGAAAAACCCUCCAUCAGGGCAAUGCAACCCAGAAAAUGACUCUGAUUGUUGUAAAGAUGGCGAGUGGUACACAACAUACAAAUGUUCACCCCCUGUGUCAAGCAAUACAAAAGCAACACUGACACUUAACAGCUUUGAGAAAGGCGGGGACGGUGGUGCACCAUCCGAAUGUGACAACCAAUACCACUCGGAUGAUGAUCCUGUGGUGGCACUUUCAACAGGGUGGUUGAACCACAGAAAGAGGUGUUUGAAGUAUAUCAACAUCCAUGGCAACGGAAAAAGUGUGAGGGCUAAGGUUGUGGAUGAAUGUGAUUCUACAAUGGGAUGCGAUUCUGACCAUGAUUACCAGCCUCCUUGUCCUCACAACAUUGUUGAUGCUUCAAAAGCAGUUUGGAAGGCUCUAGGAGUGCCUGAAAGCGAUUGGGGCGAAAUGGACAUCUACUGGUCAGAUUCGGAUUGA